UCAUUUUCAUGAGGUAAACAUUUUUCUGUGUGCAAAUUCAAUGGAGGUUUUUUGAUUUCUACUUUAUUGAAAAUUGAAGUAUUUUCAUGUAAUAUCUUUCACGUUCAGUGGGCUACAGAAGGAAUUAAAAAAAAAAUAUGGCGGACGUGCGUGAUAUCCUGGAUAUGGAGCGGGCGAACACGCCUGAAGUAACGCGAGAAUCGUUCCUGGUACAAAAGAGAAGAAACUUUGAAAAGGCCAAAGGUGUUUCCAAACGCCCAGAGGGUAUGCACCGCGAAGUUUUCGCUUUGCUCUAUAACGACAACAAGGAUGCUCCACCGCUGCUACCAACUGACACAGCUCUUGGCAUUGGUUCAGGUUAUAAACAAGCGAAAGCACGUUUGGGUAUGAAAAAAGUGCGCAAGUGGGAAUGGGCACCUUUCAAUAAUCCAGCGCGCACAGAUGGUGCAGUAUUUCACCAUUGGCGCCGUACCACUGAUGAUCAAAAAGAAUAUCCAUUUGCUAAGUUCAAUAAGCAGCUACAAGUACCCAGCUACACCAUGACUGAGUACAACACGCAUUUGCGCACAAAUGUGCAAAAGUGGAACAAGGCACAAACAGAUCACCUAUUCGACUUGGCAAAGCGAUUUGAUCUGCGAUUUAUCGUUAUGGCAGAUCGUUGGGAUCGUGCACAACAUGGCGUCAAGUCUGUAGAGGAUUUGAAAGAACGCUAUUAUGAAGUACUUGGGCUGCUAGCAAAAGUUAAAGGACAAAAUAGUGAUAAGAAAUCAUAUGCCUUUGAUGCAGAACACGAACGCAAGCGUAAGGAGCAGCUUAAGAAAUUAUUUGAACGUACCACACAACAAGUCGAAGAAGAGCAAAUGCUGUUGAACGAACUCAAGAAGAUUGAAGCACGCAAGAAGGAGCGUGAACGUAAGACACAGGAUCUUCAAAAGCUCAUAUCACAGGCGGAUCAACAAAGCGAUACAACUACUAACGUGCAGAGCACACGUAAAUACGAAAAGAAAUUGGUCAAGAAAAAAUUGCAUCAUCAGCCACGUCCCUCAAAAGUUGACUCUGUUGUAAACGCUAUUGAAAUCGGUGGCAGUGGCAUAAAAUUCUCCGAUCUUCGUGGAUCCGGCGUUUCCUUGCGCUCACAAAAAAUGAAGCUUCCUGCAAAUAUUGGACAGCGCAAAGUAAAAGCUUUGGAACAAGCCAUACAAGAAUUUAAAGUUGAUCCCUCACCACCACCCACCGAAGAAAUAUGCAAUACAUUCAAUGAAUUACGCUCAGAUAUGGUUCUGCUGUGCGAAUUGCGUACUGCUUUGUCCACGUGCGUGUAUGAAAUGGAGAGCUUAAAACAUCAGUAUGAGGCAGCAUGCCCUGGAAAGACACUAAACAUUCCGCCGUCGCUGAUACCAGCCGAGCCGAUCAAACCAGAGGCAAUCGAACCUGGUACAUCGGGUACUAACACAAGCGGCUAAACAAAUUGCAUUUUAACCUUGGACAACUGCAAACACAAUUUAAAGUAUGGUGAAAUUUCAUAAGCUCCCAUCAAGUUUUCAUUUUAUUUUGUACUGUGAGUACUUCCAAGUGUUAAUUAAAAUUUGGCCGCUAAAAAUUUGAUGGGACAAAGA